GAUUGGCCCGGGGGAGGCGGAGGGGUAGGCUGCGCGGGAGGCCGAGAGGGGGCAGCAGGCGAUGGCGGCGGCGGCGGCGGCGGGUCGGCUAGGCUGGUUGCUCGCCGCGCUCUACCUGGGCAACGCCGCUGGAGAGGCGGCGUCGGGCCCGCGAGUGCUGGGUGUCUGUCUGGAGGAGGACGGAGCAGCGGGCGCGGGGUGGGCGCGCGGAGGGGAGAUGCGGGCCGCUCCGGAGGCCACCUUCCGCCUGCGCCUCUUCGGAUCGGGCUUCGCCAACAGCUCCUGGUCCUGGGUGGCCCCUGAGGGGGCGGGUUGCCCCGAGGGCGGGCCGGCCGCGGCGUCCGACGAGGCGGCGGCCCCCACGGGCGAGUGGCGCGCGCUGCUGCGCCUGCGCGCUGAGGUUGUGCUCCCGCACUCGGCGCUGCUGGCGGUUCGCGGGGAGCCGAGCGGCGCGGAGGCAGAAGAGGCGGCGGCCCCCACGGGCGAGUGGCGCGCGCUGCUGCGCCUGCGCGCCGAGGCCGUGCGCCCGCAUUCGGCGCUGCUGGCGGUGCGUGUGGAGCCGGGCGGCGGGGCAGCCGAGGAGGCGGCGCCGCCCUGGGCUCUGGGCCUGGGGGCGGCGGGGCUGCUGGCGCUGGCGGCGCUGGCGCGGGGCCUGCAGCUGAGCGCGCUGGCGCUGGCGCCGGCCGAGGUGCAGGUGCUGCGCGAGAGCGGCUCGGAGGCGGAGCGUGCGGCGGCGCGGCGCCUGGAGCCCGCGCGGCGCUGGGCCGGCUGCGCCCUGGGCGCGCUGCUGCUGCUGGCCAGCCUGGCGCAGGCGGCGCUGGCUGUGCUGCUGUACCGCGCGGCCGGCCAGCGCGCCGUGCCCGCCGUGCUCGGCAGCGCGGGGCUCGUGUUCCUGGUGGGCGAGGUGGUGCCGGCCGCCGUGAGCGGGCGCUGGACGUUGGCGCUGGCGCCGCGCGCGCUGAUCCUCAGCCGCCUGGCAGUGUUGCUCACCUUGCCCGUGGCGCUGCCCGUGGGCCAGCUGCUGGAGCUGGCGGCGCGGCCAGGGCGGUUGCGCGAGCGCGUGCUGGAACUGGCGCGCGGCGGCGGCGACCUCUACAGCGAUCUCAGCAAGGGCGUUCUGCCCUGCCGGACCGUGGAGGACGUGCUCACGCCCCUCGAGGACUGCUUCAUGCUGGACGCCAGCACCGUGCUGGACUUCGGCGUCCUGGCCAGCAUCAUGCAGAGCGGCCACACGCGCAUCCCCGUGUACGAGGACGAGCGUUCCAACAUCGUGGACAUGCUCUACCUCAAGGACUUGGCCUUCGUGGACCCCGAAGACUGCACGCCGCUCAGCACAAUCACCCGCUUCUACAGCCACCCACUCCACUUCGUCUUCAACGACACCAAGCUGGACGCCGUCCUGGAGGAGUUCAAACGAGGGAAGUCCCACCUGGCCAUCGUGCAGAAGGUGAACAACGAGGGCGAAGGUGACCCCUUCUACGAGGUGCUGGGCCUGGUCACCCUGGAGGACGUCAUCGAGGAGAUCAUCAAGUCCGAGAUCCUGGACGAGUCUGAUAUGUACAGGGACACCAUGGUGAAGAAGAAGCCCGCGUCUCUGAGCGCCCCUCUCAGGCAGAAAGAGGAAUUCUCCCUCUUCAAGGUGUCUGACGAUGACUAUAAAGUGAAAAUCUCGCCUCAGCUGCUCUUGGCCACCCAGCGCUUCCUUUCCCGAGAGGUGGAUGUGUUCAGCCCGCUGCGAAUCUCCGAGAAGGUCCUGCUGCACCUGCUGAAGCAUCCCAGCGUCAACCAGGAAGUGAGGUUUGACGAGAGCGACCGCCUGGCCGCCCACCACUACCUGUACCAGCGCAGCCAGCCGGUGGACUAUUUCAUCCUCAUCCUGCAGGGCAGGGUUGAGGUGGAGAUCGGGAAAGAGGGCUUGAAGUUCGAGAAUGGGGCCUUCACCUACUACGGAGUGUCCGCCCUGACGGCGCCGUCCUCGGCUCACCAGUCCCCGGUGUCCUCGCUCCAGUCCAUCCGCCACGACCCGCUGCCCGAGCCUGCCGAAGGCGCCCGCUUGUCUGCAUACUGUCCUGACUACACCGUGAGGGCCCUCUCUGACCUGCAGCUCAUCAAGGUCACACGGCUGCAGUACCUCAAUGCACUCCUGGCCACCCGAGCCCAGGCCGUGCCGCAGUCCCCUGAGAAUGCGGACCUCCAGGCCGUCCCAGGCAGCCAGACCCGGCUCCUUGGUGACAAGACAGCCGCAGCCACAGGGUCCAGCCACAGCAGACCCGGCCUCCCGGCGGAGGAGAGCCCUGGGCGGAACCCGGGAGUUUAACCGCUUGGCAGGCAGCCCCAAGUCUGGGGAAUGGACAGUCACGUGGGGAACUGGAGCGAGCCGAGGAACGGCUUCCUGCCAGCCUGUACCCACCCCCUGCAGGCC